AUGGCAAGACGAUACCCACUGUGGAUGGGCUUGGUCCUGCUAGGGGUCUUUGGGGUCCUGCAGACGCCCACCCAAGCCAAGGUCUCUGUGCAGAACAACUUCCAACAGGUUGAGUUCCUGGGGGAGUGGUUCACCGUGGGACUUGCCUCCAACUGGACCUGGUUCCGGGAGAAGAAGGGACUGUCCAUGUGCAGAUCGAUUGUGGACUCCUCUGAGGACGGCAGCCUCAACCUCACCUUCACCUUUGCCAGGAAGGACAAGUGUAAGACCUGGAGUCUAGUACUGCAGCCGGAAGGGCCUUCAGGCCACUACACGUACCAGAACCCCCACUGGGGCAGCGCGCUGGAAUUCUCGGUGGUGGAGACAGACUAUGCCAACUACGCCCUGCUAUGCACCGAGGGCCUCAAGACGUCCGGGCAUUACGUCCGCAUUAUCAGCUUGUUCAGCCGGACCCAGACCCCCAGGACCGAGUUUAAGGAGAAGUUCAUUGCCUUAACCAAGAUCCUCCUCCCCUUCACAGAGGACUCCAUUGUCUUUCUGUCCCCCAGCGAUAAGUGCAUGGAGGAACACAACUAG